CAGUGUUUGAUCCUGUCAGUAUAUGGCAGUGGGCAGAUUCCUCAGUGCUGUGGUGCAUUCUAGCUGCUGUUUGAAAAAAAACAAUGGGAAAGAACAAGGGCAAUCGUAAAAAUAAAAAUGUCUUUAAAGUGGCCACUGUUCGCAGUAUCAAGCUGAAAGCUAAAGCACAAAAGGUAGUCAGUAAUCUGAAAAAACUUGACGUAAAAGGCAGUAAGACCGCAAAGAAAGAUAAAACACCCAAUGUGGACCAACUGCUGGAGGAAUUGCGUAAGGACGUGCAAGGGUCUGGCUCUAAGGCGAAAGUUAACACCGCUCAAAAAAAACAUACCAAGACAAACAAGAAACCCUUGGUACCAAAGAUUGCACCAGAGCAAACGAAUUCAACAGCUGCAAUGGUAGAGCAAAUGCAACUUUGAUGACAAUGGAGAUAGUAAUAGGUCGGAGAACUAAUGUAGAUUUUAAUUCAAAUAUAUUUUCACUACUUGUAUAUAUCAAAAUACUAUGUAACAAACAAUAAAGUUAUCAUUCUGUAUCAAUA